UGUCCACUUGUGGAAAUGCUGGCAGCCGGAUCGGUGCGCCGCACGUUGCUUCAGCGGACGCCGCUCGGCCUUCCCACCUCCGGCUCUGGCAUUGUGGCCACUGCUUCCUUGGCCAACACUGUCUUUGGAUCCACCCCAGCCUCCGUCGUGCCGGUGGCUCCGCGUCGCCCUGCCUCGAUCUUGGCGGUCGAGAAUUCAGGAUUCAUGAUCGGUACGUCCGCCGCAUUGACCUUGCCGACCUCGGCGCAUGCCUUUCCAGCGACCCACCGAUCUGGUGCGCUCGGGGCACGGUCCCACGGCCUUGUAACAAGAGACCCGCUCACCCGUCACUUGAACGCUCGCCGCGCCAUGUCGUCUGGCGCUACUCCAUCUGCGCCGGUCGCCGCAAAGUCUGGGCCAGUCCCUCCUCCACCUGCCGCUCCACCCAAGCCCUACGUCAAAGAGCCCGACAGCAAUGUAGAGAAGGCCAUGCGCUUGGUGCAGAGUGAGGCUGCGGCCAAGGCGGCCGUGCAGCCAGCUGCGGGGACGACCAACAGCGUUCCAAUUGUCUCGGCAAGCGACGAGCUUGCGGCCACCCCUGCCGGAGCCAGCGCGACCGAGAGCGUUGCCAGCGCCAGUGCGACGGGCGAUCAGCUUGCCACGACGACCGGAACGGCGGUAGCUGUGCCCAAAAAGCCCACUCUCUGGGAGCGCGCAAAGCACGAGCUGAUUCACUACUGGAACGGCUUCAAGCUUCUCGGCGCCGACAUCCGCAUCACGGCCCGCCUCCUGCGACAGGUCUCUCAAGGCCACACCUUGACACGGCGCGAGCGCAAGCAGCUGAUUCGCACGGCAUCGGAUAUGCUGCGGCUCGUUCCGUUCCUCGUUUUUGUGAUUGUGCCCUUCAUGGAGUUUGCUCUCCCCAUUUUCCUAAAGCUCUUCCCGAACAUGCUUCCAAGCACAUUCCAAGAGAGCAACAAGGAGGAGGAAAACAUGCGCCGCAAGCUGAAGGUCAAGAUCGAAAUGGCAAAGUUUUUGCAACAAACGGUCGAGGAUAUGGCUGUCGACUCUACCUCGAAGGACAGCAAGUCGGUUGAAGAGUUUGCCCAAUUCUUUGAGAAGAUUCGCACGACUGGCCGAGGCGUCACAAACAGCGAAAUUCUGCGAUUCUCCAAGCUUUUCGAGAACGAGCUGACGCUGGACAACUUGUCUCGUGCGCAACUCGCAGCACUGUGCCAAGUUAUUAACGUCCCUACUGUUGGAACGACCAACUUUUUGCGCUUCCAGCUCAAGAUGAAGCUGCGUGAGCUGCGCGCAGACGAUUUGUUGAUCGAGAAGGAAGGCAUUAACAUGCUGACGACUCCCGAACUCCAGGCAGCCGCGCAUGCCCGUGGCAUGCGUGCCAUCGGUCUAACGCGCGAGCAGCUGUUGGUGCAGCUGCAGCAAUGGCUCGAUCUGCACAUUCACGAGGAAAUCCCGGCGUCGUUGCUGCUUUUGUCGCGCGCUCUUUCGAUUUCCGACAAAGUCCCGUCCGCUCAGGAGCUCGAAGCGACGCUGCGCACGCUGCCACAGACCAUGGUCACCGAAGCAGCAGUGACCAUCGCCGAAAUCAAGGGCGAGAAGGUCAGCAACAAGAGCAAGCUCGAGGUUUUGGAAGCGGAGGAAGUUCGCAUCAAGGCCGAAAAGGAAGAGUCUGCCAAGUCCCGUGCCGCGGAAGCCAAGCAGCGUGCCGAGCAAGACAAGUUGCGCGCCGAGAAGGAACGGCUCCUCAAGGAACAUGAGCACCUUAUCGGAUCUCUUCCUUCUGAUCAAGCGUCGACUCUGCGAAAAACUCUUCAGGAGAUUGACAGCGACGAGAAAGUCACUGCAGAGGAGCUUCAAGACAUUCGCGAGGCGCUUGCCGUCUUCUCUACCGAGUCUGGUCUCACCACUGAAAUUCAAGAUCUUGCCGAGCUCAAGGAGGAGCGUCAAGAGUACAAGGAGGACCUCGAGCAACUCCGCACCCAAACCCUCGAGAAAGUCAAGGAGAACAGCGCAUCCGCUCGUCUGGGUGCUCGCAUCGAGUCUAUGAUUUCCAACCUCGAGUCUGAGAUUGUCGCGACUGAAGCCACCUUGACUAAAGCUCGCGCCACCAGCAAAGUUCUCCACACGCUGGUUGAUGAGGAUCGCGAUGGCAAGGUCUCUCGUGCGGAAAUCGAGCGUGCCCUUUCUCGCCUGAAGCACGCUCCGACGCCCGAACGCACGGCUCGCAUUGUUCAACAGCUGGACAUUGAUCGCGACGGCUUUAUUUCACUCGACGAAAUCAUGCAUCUGGCGGAUUUGCUGGAGGAAGAGAGCGGCAACGUUCACGUCAAGAUGGAUCAGCUCUCAGAGCUCGUGACGCUUCUCAACAAGGAGAACCAGCUGGAAGACAAUGUCGAGCAACAAGAACGCGACGAGAAGGAGCUCAAGUCUGUGCGCGAGAAGCACCGCAAGGAGGACGCCGAUGCAGUAGCGGCCGCUGCUGCCACCAUCGGCGAUGGUACCCCCGUCUUGCGCGACAAUGCCAAGGAGCUCAAGUAAUCGUGCGGUUGCGACCGUCCGGUUCUUCUCUCUUCUCUCCCGCUCGUUCCCAAUUCUUUGAUGAUGAUGAUUGUUCAGCUGUUUUUGUGCCUUUGAAUCAUCACUGUACCACCAACAAUUCAAUACGUACUACACUCGAACUUC